CAGAUCUAAACCCUCAGCCCAUGAAUCUCAUUAUUGACGUGGCCUUGUACGUGUGCGUGUGUAUUUCGUCAGCAGAAAGCCUUAUGUUGACAUGGCCAGUGCAGGCGAGAGUGCUGAGUCAUCAACUGUUCCUUCUAGAAGAUUCCUGAUCGGAAUAUCUGGUGCCAGCUGCAGUGGGAAGAGUAGCCUCUCUGAGGAGCUCUCCAGGAAGCUGAGGAACUGUCUGGUCAUACACCAAGAUGACUACUACUUGGAAUUUGACAAAGUUCCAAAAUCAAUAGAAGACCCCAAACAGCCUCUGUGGGAUGUGCCUGAAGCUAUAGAUUGCGACAGAUUCACUCAAGCGAUUCGUGACGCAAUGAGCUGUGAAGCACACUCUCUGUGUAUGGCUUGUCAGAGGUUGGACAGCCAGUCUCCACACAGUCACAUCAUCAUUGAAGGAACCAUGAUACUAUCCCUUAGGGAAGUGAGAAUGAUGAUGGAUAAAGUGUUGUUCAUCACUCUGGAUUAUGAAGCUUGCAAGAUCAGAAGAAAUGCACGAGACUACGGUGAGUGCACUGAUCCCCCUGGUUACCUAGAGCAACAUGUGUGGCCAGGUUAUUUGAGAGAGCUGGAAAUAGCAAGAAGCUGUUCACAGAAUGUUAAUUUUUUAAUUGGAUCAGAAGAGAAGCAAAAACUGUUAGAAAAUUGCCUUAUUUUUGUAACAAAACAGAUUGGUAAAGAUCAUUAACUACACAAAUUAAUUAUAAGUCUGAGCCCCGCCCCUCUCUGCCCAGAGCUGAGAGAUGUGUGUAAAGUGCUGGAAGCAGAGAAUGCCAGACAGGGGCACCACUUGUCUGGAGAAGGGGGCCUACCUGAUGAACUAUGUGGGCUGCCAUCAGUGUCAAGCUAGAGCCUCCAUUGGAGAGAAAGACCAGACAAAGCAAGAAGAGGAGAAUGGAGAUGAAGUCAUCACCUUCACAC